AUGGGCAAUUCUCCAGUAGCCUUUGGUUUCCAAAAUGCGGAACGUCGUUAUUCUCUGGGGACCUCGCUGCCACCUGAUCUUGUCAAAUCUGAAGUGGAGAUUUAUCUCGCCUAUUUUCACGACCAGCCUUAUUGUGUUUUCUCCAAGGACUGGCUCUUGAGCCGAGAUCUGUCAUUGCCCCCAGAAAUCGCAUUCCCGUUAGUGGCUCUUACUUCUCGGAUCUCACGCCGCUCGCCCGGACCCACUGGAAGCGGCGUGCUUCCCACAAAGCACUAUGCCAGCAAGGCCUGGGAUAUCUUGUCACAUCAGUACCAGAGCGGUAAAUUGGGUCUUUCAUUUUUACAGGGAACAUUUCUUAUGGCUCAGGUGGACUUCGCCGACGGCCAAUCCCAUCGAGGGUAUUCAUCUGUUGCACUGGGCCUCCGGACGAUCCAAUCCGCAGGCCUGAACAAAGAUAAGUAUACGUCGUCCCUCACAGAUUCAGAAGCGGAAGAAAGAAGACGCAUUACAUGGGCCUUUUUCAUGCUGGAUCGCAGUUACAAUGCAUCUCGAGACUAUUCAUUGUGUCUUUCAGACAAACAUUUCACCAUUCUUUUUCCUGCACCGGAUACGCCAGCCUCGCUCUCUGGCGAGGAAUCGCUGGCUCGUGGAACAUUACACGACGGGCCCGAAAAGCAAGGAGUGAAGCUUGAUCACGGCAUUCUGGCCUGUCUUCUUCGACUGUACUCGAUUUGGGGCAAAACUACUGAUUAUGUCUUUGAACCUUUCGAUAAAGAUGCGCUGCCCCCCUGGCGAUCAGGAUCGGCGCUGGCCGGUCUGGAGUCCGACUGGAUGCAGUUCGAGACUCAUUUCGCAGAUAUACAUCGCUAUCGAAGUGUUGACUUCCGACGACGCGCUCGUGAAGAGCCGCAUUGUCGCUCGUACCUGUGCAGCUGGCUGUGUGUUCAAUUUCUCUUCCAUUCCGUUCAAUGUUUGCUGCACCAUCCCUUCGUCAACAUGGUUAAGCUCCGCCAUAUUGACGGAAAUAUACCCGCAACCUUCCUGCAGAAGUCGUAUGAGAGCUCUCUGAUUCAUUCGAGGUGGAUUGCGCGGUUCAUCGGAGAAAUGGAGGAGGUUGACUUCCGGCUGUACGACCCGUUUAUUGGCUAUCUCUGUGCAAUCGCCGCCACCAUCCAGCUCGAGAAUACCGCCAGCAGACACCCCCACAUCGCCCAGCUGGGAAACAGCGAUUUCCGAACACUGGUUGACUACAUGACAGACUUGUCGGCGCAUUGGGAAAACAUGGGGGUCUUGGUGAACCGGGUGAAUAAACUGGCCGCGAGACAGAAAAACUACAAGUCGCUCUACUAUAGCCAGGACACUUUCUCCGGGGAGUUAACCCGCAUGCCCACACCGUCCACCAUCCCAAGAAUGUCGGAGGCGGACGAAGCUCUGAUGUGGAAUAUUCUCGACUUCAGUUCGUCGUUCACCCCUGCUGAGAUAGUCCAGCUCGGGGACUUGGUCCCGUCACCGUAUCAGCGGAUGGAAACCGUCAGUCCGAAUUUCCCGGAUCAGUCCCUGGUUGCAAAUGGACAAGGCGCUGAGCAAGGGACACAGACUCUCAGCGGGCGGGUUCCGGGGCCGGGAGCCACCGAUCCUAUAUCAGAGUGGCCCUUUGCAGAAAGACCUGGUACCAGUGGAUUCGACGCGGCAAUCGCCGACCUGCCCGACUGGAUGAUGUUUGGGGAUUACGUCGCGGAGCAACUGUGA